AUGGCCAAUAACGCCUGCUCUCCGCUCCACGCAGAGCCGCCGGACAUGUCUCCCUUUCUCCGGAUUGGGUUGUCGAACUAUGACAGCGGCCCCUACCUGCCUUCCCAAGGGGACGUGAUCGAUCCGUACUGCGCUGUGAUGGUCAAGGAGGCGGUGGAAGCAGAGAACGGCCAAGUCUACCUUCAGAAGAAGCCCACCAUGUACCCCCCAUGGAACAGCACUUUUGACGCGCACAUCCACAAGGGACGGGUCAUGCACAUCAUCGUGAAGGACAAGAGCGCCGAGAUGGUCUCCGAGACGACGGUUGAACUCAACGUGGUGGCGGAGAAGUGUAAAAAGAAUAACGGGAAGACGGAAAUCUGGCUAGAACUGAAGCCCCAAGGGAGAAUGCUCAUGAACGCAAGAUACUUCCUGGAAACCAGUGGCAAGUAA